AUGCCUCACAGAAAUAAUAAACUAAUUCCGUCUCUCCAUUCUGUAUUGUUUUCCUCGUCAUCCGACGCAGCCCAAAAACCUUGUACGCCAAAGUGUGCAGGGUUAGGCCGCCGAGUAUCGAGGACAGCUACAGACAAUCCAGCUUCAGGUUUCGUUGUCGAGGCGCUCGAGCCAACCGGCGAGGGCGAAUACUUGAUCGUUCGAAUCAAAGUUAUUGCUACCUACCUUGUUCGAAGGUAUGAUAUCUCUUCAAAAAUUAACAAUUUACACAAAUUGGGCUAUAUGGAGACAUCCCUGAUGGCUGUCAAGAUGGAUCCCGCAGACGUGCAGCUGAGGAUUGAAGUAGACGACGAUGGGCUUGCUCACGUUCGCACCAAGCCUGCCGUUCCAUACGUGCUACCCUCUGUGGAAAACGACUUUGACGAGGACCCUUUCAUUGAGUCCAGCUCUACCCGGGUGAAGCGCAAGCGUCACACUGCAUCCACGCACGCGCAGGAACAUCAGUCUCCUAAGGACGUAGGACCUUCCGCUUGGUACUUGUCUGCUGCGUACUGGAACUCUCUGACCUUUACACGCGCCUCCCCACCUGAUGACCCUCGCCUGACCCGGCUUGGGACCGAAGUGUCUGGCCUCUCUCCACGCGCCAAACGUCAGCUUCUCAAUUCGAUGCCUCCUCUAGACACUGAGGAGCUACCCGAUCCGCCACGUGAAACGAACAACUUCAGCUCGCGCGUUUGGGAAUCUUACCGUCCCUCGAACCUCCACUUCACCAUUUACGAAGACCCACCGGGUCAAGAGACACCCAAUCCCAGCCCUAUGGAGCAACCACUCAACCCUCUGGAAGAGGAUAAAGAGAACAUUUUCCUUACUCAGUCCGACUUGGGAAGCUCUGGCGAAGAGGAAGAAAGCACCAUGCCUAACCUCGCUUGGAACGAAGCUUCCACCGGCCCUCGCGAUGCCUUCGGUCUUCCACUUCACCGUCAGAUGUCCGAUUUCGUCCCGCCUCAGGACACCCCGCUCCCUGAGCCUCCCAUGCGUCGUGGUCGACAGGUCCUGCGAACCCUUUGGGUCGAUGAGACACAAGUCCGUCAGGAAGAUAAUGGUCUGACCGACCGCCAGCUGCGGGAUAUUGAGCAAAAUGAGGCGAUGCACCGACGAGGACGAGCCAGAAUCCGGUCUAACCGUUACCAAGUGCGUGAUGACACCCCAUUUCGCCCUCGUACCGACUUGAAUGAUGUUCGCCGCGUCCUUUUCCAGCGACGUGAGGAUCGUCCUACCCCUGUUGAGCAGAACGAGCAACGUCGCUCUGCGACUCCCGAGGACAACGAAGAUACUCGCUCUGCCACUUCCGAGGAAAACGAGGAGGAGCCCCAGCAAGGACAGCAGGUGCAACAGGAGAACGAUCAGGAAAACGAUCAGGAAAACGAUCAGGAGAAUGAUCAGGAGCAGGAGCAGGAGCAGGAGCAGGAGCACGAGCAGGAGCAUUAA